AUGCGUGUAAGGUUUUCAUAUUUUGUUCGUCUCUUCGGUUUUUCGGCGGUGUUAACAGCUUUUAUCGUACUGUGGAAAUUGGGGAAUGUCUCAUAUUAUUUGGGAUCUAAAAAGGGUUUCAACCACAGUCAUGAAUCUGAUUACAACGGAAACGGCUUCAACAAUGAAUAUGACAGAUUCACUCGUGAAUUUGAAAGAUUAAACUCAGACUCCGUUCGUUCUAUCCGGUGCAUAGUAAAUGAAAAAUUAAUAGUCGGGUGCUAUUUGCUGAAAUCACAAGAAGUACUCAUACCAUUUGAAUUAGUCCGUAAUUAUUUUAAGGUUUAUGGUUCCCUUGAUUCAUCGUCUAGCACAUUUUAUUGGAAUCACGCCAAUGUUGACAUCCCAAAACCAUAUUUGCAUAAACAUAAUCCUGUCGGUAUAUAUAUGCAGUUUCAUAAAUCCAAUGUAGAAAAACGAGAUAAUGUGAAAUUAAUCGUUGCAGAUGAAGGAGUACCAAUCAGUCAACAAUGGAGUUCUCGCGGUUAUCCAUAUCCAAUUCAAAUAGCACAAUUUGGCUUGAAUCAUUUCAGUCAAUUAGUUAUAUCAGCUGGUCAAGCGAAAUCUGAAAAUGUACGAAAUGUUUUGUCGUUGGACAAUAAAAAUAUGGAGUUAGAUCUUAUUGUUCCCAGUAAUAAUGUAAUUCAUCGUUGGGCUGAUAAAGAGUUUAUACAUAAAUGGAAUGACAGACUUAUGUUAUCAGUUGAUAAACUGAACUCCUAUGGUCAAGUAUUGUCAAUAAUCCCAAAGCUUCAAGAAUGGGAUUAUCUCAUUAUGAGUGGUCGUCAGUGGACAUAUGGAAGCCAUAUUGAAUUAUCACUUUUAUGGUAUCCUCCAGGUGGAAGUUAUAAGAAUUACCCUACAAAAAGUUUAAUUGUAUACAAUUGUUCAUCGUCUCCAAGUAGACAUCAAACCUAUGCCACUAUCAUUCAUAAUAAUAAAGUCACAUAUUGGAUGCCUGAAUGUGAAAAACAAGCCAAGAUAUAUGGAUUUGUUGAUAAUAUCAAGGUAGCACGUGAUCUUUACACUGAUUUAAUGAAAGUAUUCUACGCAAAUCGAAAGUCAUCGGAAUAUACUGGUUUAAGUAGUAUGAAAUUAUUGAAUACUGUUAAUGAUACUAAAAAUCCAUCUCAUGUACAAGUAUUAAAUAUAAACUUCUAUAUUAAUGCCCAAUAUAACACUAAUGAUAUCAUCAUAGAAAAAUUAUACCUUGGUAAAUUAACCAAUUUACAAUUAACAUUUCCAACUGUAAAUAGAAUAAACUUGGCAGAGAAAUUAUUUCAUGAAAUACGUUUUAUAUCUGCUGCUGAUUGGUUUAUUAAGCAUCAAGAUAAAAAGACUGGUGGUUGGUCUGUUAAUGUUCAACGUUCAUUCAAUGGUAGAAAAGCUCUAAAACCUGGAUGGUAUUCUGCUAUGGGUCAAGGUCAAGCGAUUUCGCUUCUAGUUAGGACUUAUAAUUACACUGGGAACCCAUUAUAUUUGGAAGCUUGUCAUCGUGCUUUAGAUUUGUUUAGUGUAAAUAUAAAUCAUGGAGGUAUUCGUUCGUAUUUCCUCAAUCAAUCCGAUUUAGUAUGGUUCGAAGAGUACCCGUUUGAUCCUCCAAUUCAUAUAUUAAAUGGCUUUAUUUAUUCACUCAUAGGUUUAUAUGAUUAUACCAAAUUAUUGGUGAACUCUGUGGAUCCUUUGACUUUAUCCUAUCUUUCGAAAGCUCAAAAUUAUUUAGAUAUAGGAUUAACAAGUUUGUCCAAAUUGCUCCCGCUAUUCGAUUCUGGUAGUGGGAGUUUCUAUGAUCUUCGGCAUCUUUCAACGGCAUAUAAUAAUAAACCGGUAAAACAAGGUCGAUCUAAAUUUUCUAAAAGUUCUUUUCAAUUAUCCACUGGACCCAAUCGAGCUCGUUGGAGUUAUCAUUCUGUGCACAUUAAACAACUUCAAACUUUGGCUGAUUUAGAUCCAAAACAUGCUAUUCAAUGGAAUACUACAGCUAAUCGAUGGAUUGCUUAUCUUCAAGGUUUCAGAUCUCUUCAAAAUUAA